AGAGCCUCCUGGCCGGUGACCGUGGCCAUGCUGCUGUCUCUGCAGCUGGGCUGGGGUCUCUGGCUGACCCCAGCAGACUUUGCCAGGUUGGGCUGGCUGCCAGCUGGAGCUGCGAUUGUGGUGCUGACACUGUCUACCAUAUACUCUGGACAGCUGCUGCUGCGCCUGUACCAGGCCGUGCCGGACGCCGUGCUCUUUGGGGACAUCGGCGAGGCCGCCGCGGGAUGCAGGGGGCGCUCUCUGGUGUACUGGACAGUGUACUCUUUGGAUGCAACUCGCUGCAUCAUUCUGCACCUGGCAGCCACUCAGUCGCUGCAGCAUGCAGCCAACAGGUCCGACUGCCUCCUCUGUGGCGCCAUCGUGGCUCAUAUUGACACGAGGAUGAGUUCGCUCGUGCAGGUAAAAUCGCUGGCGGACAUGGGCUGGUUUCUGAGCAUGGGAACAGCAGCGCAGCUGUUUGCAUUGGUCAUCGUUGUGGUGAAGCUGAUCAUGGUACCUCUGGACGGCGCCACCACAGAGCUCAUCCACACCAACGAUGCAGCUGUCUCCAUCGUGGCCGUCAUGAACCUGAUCUUUGCGUACGGAGGCCAAUUUGCGUAUGUGGAGAUAAUCAACUCCAUGAAGAAGCCGGCGAGGUUCACGUCUGCGGUGGCGUUGUCAACCCCCAUCAUGUCGGUGGCGUACCUCUCUCUGGGCGUGAUUGGCUACUGGUCGCGCGGCCGCGGCGUGCAGGAGAUCAUCAUCUUUGGCACUGGCAUGGAUGUCUGGUCGCGCAGCCUAAUGUUGAAUAAUCUUGUCCUGCAGGCGCUGGCGCAGUACCUGGUGAACCUGAACGUGUGGACGCACAACGUGCUCACCAUCCUCGCGCGCAGAAAGGCGCUCCAGAGCUCUUCCCGCUGUAACGGUAUCUGCGGUUGCGCAGGCGACCACAGCCGACUGCCGUGGCUGCUGGCGUCGGCAUGCAUCAUCGCUUACUCAUUUGGCAUCUCAGUUUCUCUCCCCUUCUUCAGCACGCUCGUGGGCCUGGUCACCAGCGUGACAUACCUGACCUGCGCGUACACAAUCCCCUGCUGGUUCACGCUGCGUCUGCUGGGCGACAGCAUUAGUAAGGCUGAGUACGCGCUGUGCUGGGCGCUCGUGCCGCUGUCCCUUGUCUUCAGCUGCGUCGGCUUUGCCGCCUCGGUCAUGGCCCUGCUUGAUAAUCUGGGUACCGGGGAGCUGUGA